AUGAAACAGAAAGUGCACAAUUUAUGCGAGAUUUGUAGCGAUAAAGGAAUCGGGCGACAUUUCGGUGCCAUUACCUGUGAGUCGUGUAAAAUAUUCUUCAGGAGAAAUGCGCUCAAAGAUCAGGUAAUGGAUUGCACUUCCGAUGGAAAGUGUAAAAUAAAUCCGUUCACUAGGAAGUUAUGCACAAAAUGUAGACUUAAUAAAUGUUUUGCUGUGGGCAUGAGAAAGGAAUUGAUACGAAACGAUAGGGAAAGGGAGGAAAGGAGACAAUUAGUGGAAGAAAAUAGACGCAAACGAAAGCUAUUAAAUAAAAGUCAAAACACGUCCUCAGAAUCAAAUGAGUCCUCAAAUCCAGCAUCAAUUGAGUCAACCAUAUCAACCAUAUCUAGUGAUUCUAUUGACUCUUUCUUGAGUGAAAUAAUAGGAUGUGUUUUGGACGUAUCGGAUGAGGACCUGGGCGCACAGAUUAUGGAAAUUGAAAAUUAUGUCAAUUAUAAAGACUCGGAUCAAAAUAUUGAGGCAUUGAGUGCUAGACAACUGUUAGACGAUAUCCACCAAAAGUCGCAACAAAUGUCUGUCAUUCCUAUGUUUAAGGAACUCACAGAUUAUAACGGUUUUAAACAAUUGGAAAUCAAUAGGAUUGCCGAGUUGUUGGGGUCGUCCCAGAUAUUUGACUACCCGUCCAGCCGACACUUCGGUGCCAUUGCUUGUGAAUUGUGUAAAGCAUUCUUCAGGAGGAAUGCACUCAAAAAUAAGGUUUGGAAAUGCCUUUCGGAUGGAAAGUGUAAAAUAACUCCAAAUACUAAAACCCUAUGCAAGACAUGUAGACUUCAUAAGUGUUUUGCAGUGGGUAUGAGAAAGGAAUUGAUACUAAAUGAUGAGGAAAGGGAGCAAAGAAGACAAUUACUCGAAGAAAAUAGACGCAAACGAAAGGCAUUAAAUGAAAGUCAAAACACGUCCUCAGAAGUCAAUGUUGACUCCUUAGAUGCCAUAAUAGGAUGUGUUUCGGAUGAUACCGAUGAGGACCUGAGCGCACAGAUCAUGGAAAUUGAAAAUUAUGUCAAUAGUGAACACUCGGACCACAGGCGACAUUUCGGUGCCAUUACUUGCGAAUCGUGUAAAAUAUUCUUCAAGAGGAAUGGCAACAAAAAUCAGGAAUUCAUACGAAACCACGAGGAAAGGGAGGAAAAGAGACAAUUAGUGGAAGAGAAUAGACGUAAACGAAAGCAAUUGAAUAUAAGCCAGAAUUCAUACCCAGAAUCAAAUAAGUCCUCAAAUCCAUCAUCAAUGAUGUCGACCAUAUCUAGUGAUUGUGGUGUCAGUGACUCCUUCUUUAAUGAUAUAAUAGGAUGUGUUUUGGAUGUAAACGAAAGGGAACUGAGGGAACAGGUAAUAGAAAUCGAGAAUUAUGUUAAUAAUGAAGAUUUGGAUCAAAGUAUUGAGACAUUGAGUGCCAGACAACUGUUAGAGAAUAUAAACCAAAAGUCACGACAAAUGGCUGUCAUUCCUAUGUUUAAAGAGCUCACAGAUUAUAACGGUUUGAAUGAAUUGGAAACUAAUAAAAUGACCGAGUUGUUGGGUGCAUCUAAAAUUUUU